GGUAACUUGCUUGACGUUUCGAAUUUUAUUGGCUAGAUUGAGUGAAAAUCGCGAAAAAUUCAAGAAAAGUUGCUGUAAAUCGAAAGCUUUACAUAACUCGUUGAUAAACAAUAAAUAUUAACACGUGUAUAGCAUUGACUGGCUUUUUAUUCCGUGUUAAAAAUCAGCUACUGUAAUAAAUGUAGAUCAACAUCGACCGCCCGAUUGUUGUGUUGUCAUUUUUAGGGACACGUAAUUCUUAUUAGAUUUUGGUUUUAAAAAAAACUAUGGGGCGUUUAGAUUUUCUAGUUAUUUGGAUGUGUGCAGCAAUAGCUGUUGGGGAGUUGUUGGGGCCAGAAAGUCGUAAGAAUGACGAGGAAGAUCCGAAAGAGAUGCAGGAUGACGAGGAAGAGAUUAUUCAAAGAAUCAACCGUGAUGUGGGCCAGACAGACAUCGAGUAUGCCCAGCACCUCACAGAGGCUGUGAGGAAGGAGAUUGUGUCUCUGAAAGAGUAUGCUGAAGCUAUGAAGAAGCUGAGGGAGCCCAAAGAAAAUGAGGAAAACAAAGAUAUACAUUUAGAACAAAUGGAAUAUACUCUGAAGCUGUUGAAGAAGAGUCUACUGCGGCACACGGACCCCAUCUGGAUAGACAAUCCCCGGCACCACCAAACGCAGGAGGUCACUAGUAUUGAGGAGAAAUUGGAGGAUAAUCCACAAGAUAUAUUGGACACACUGCCUCCGCUGCCGGAGGAGACUGAGCCGGAGCUACCUCCUGAAAUGAAAGAUGCGAAAGUUUUAUAUGAAGAGGCAGAGGCGAAGCUGCGCCGGCGGUCGCCGGACCUCCGCAAGGUGGCCUCGCAGAUCAAGCAGGCGGCGGACAGCGGCUACGCCCCCGCUAAGAUCAAGCUGGCCUGGCUUUACCUCAAUGGGGAGGCCUUUGAUAUGGAUGUGGAUAAGGCGCGGGCUAUAUUUGAGGAACUGGCUGAGGAGGGCAAUGCUGACGCGCAGGCGGGCCUGGGCUUCCUAUACGCGACGGGCACCGGGGUCCCGGUGUCGCAGGCCCGGGCGCUGCUGCAGUACACGCUGGGCGCGAUAGGAGACAGCUCGUACGCUCAGAUGGCGCUGGCCUACCGCCACUGGUCCGGGCUCACCGUGCCCGCGUCCUGUCCCCGGGCCAUGGACCUGUACAUGAAGGUGGCGGCCAAGGUGGCCAGCCAAGUGUCAAUAAGCGGCGGUCCCGCGAUCCAGAGGACGAGGCUGGUGGAUGAGGCGGAGGGCGCGGGGGGGGCGCUGGACACCGACCUCAUCGAGUACUACCAGCUGCUGGCCGAGAAGGGAGACGUGCAGGCGCAGGUGGGGCUGGGCCAGCUGCACUUCCAGGGCGGGCGCGGGGUGACCCUGGACCUGAACAAGGCGCUGCACUACUUCACGCAGGCCGCUAAGGCCGGCAACGCUGUGGCCAACGCCUUCCUCGGCAAGAUCUACCUGGAAGGUGGUGAGGACAUCAAACCUGACAAUGAGACAGCACUCCGGUACUUCCGCAAGGCGGCCGAACUGAAUAACCCCGUUGGACAGAGCGGGCUAGGCAUCAUGUACUUACAGGGCCGUGCAGUACCUAGAGAUACGUCGGCCGCUUUCAAGUACUUUACCCAAGCCGCCAAUCAGGGCUGGGUGGAGGGACAACUUCACCUGGGAUUCAUGUACUUUGGUGGAAUCGGCGUCCGUCGGGACUUCAAGCAGGCCAACAAAUACUUCUCUCUCGCUUCCCAGUCCGGGCACGUGCUGGCGCUCUACCACCUCGGCCAGAUGCACGCGCAGGGGCUCGGCGUGCUCAAGUCCUGUCCCACGGCUGUCGAGUUGUUCAAAAACGUGUGUGAGCGCGGCCCGUGGAGUGCGCAGCUGAUGAGCGCUCACGCUGCUUGGAAGCGGAGGGAGACCGCCAGCGCAUUGCUGCAGUACCUGGCUCUAGCUGAACAGGGCUACGAGGUGGCACAAUCGAACGCAGCGUACCUCCUGGAAACAGCGGAUCCUACCCCCUACCCCCCCCCGCAGCGGCACCCGCGCGCGCUGCAGCUGUGGUCGCGCGCCGCCGCGCAGGGCUGCAGUGCCGCGAGGGUCAAGCUGGGGGACUACCAUUACUAUGGUCUCGGGACGCCCGAGGAUCUGGAACUGGCAGCUCAUCAUUAUAGGAUCGCGUCGGAACAGCUGAAUAAUGCACAGGCGACGUUCAAUCUGGGCUACAUGCACGAGCGCGGCCUGGGGCUGACGCAGGACCUGCACCUGGCCAAGCGCUGCUACGACCUGGCGGCCGACGCGGCGCCCGAGGCCCGUCUGCCCUCCGCCCUCGCGCUCGCCAAGCUCAACGCGCACGCCGCGCUCAACCAACUCUAUUCUUCGGUAUUCGAGAGUCCCCUAGCGGUGAUAUUCCUAACAGGCGAAGGCACGAUCUCGUCCAACUGGGACCUGUACCUCAUCACAGCGCUCCUCGGAGCCCUCGGAGUAGUCCUGUACCUCCGCCGCCCCGCCCAGCCCCCGCAGCGGCCGCAGCCACAACCUGAAAAUUGAUCUAGCACUGGACUUGUGAGGUUACGCGUGUUGAAAGCAUUACGGCGGGAAUUGAGCUGAAAAACCGAACGACGUUUGGUUUUUUAAAUUCGGAAAAAACAAAUAAAAAAAAAAAUAAAAAAAACAAAACAAAGAAUUAGGGUUGUGUUUGUUCUACGAGCCGUUCGGUUUUCGAAUACAGGCCGCAAAAACGUAUUUAUUUCUUUUAAUUUCGAGCCGUUUUAGUUUCGAAAUCAGUUAUGUUUCACUUUUCACCAUCGAAUCGAUUCGAAGCGUGACGCAACGAACCAAUCACAUUGCAGUGUGGUUGUUGUUGCGUCACAAUGGCGCAAUGUGAUUGGUUCGCUGUGUCUCAUUUCGAUUCGAUUUGAUGGUGAGAAGUGAAAUACUAACCCGCGCUUCGCCCUGAGGGCGCCCACAGGCCCCAGAAGAAUAUAUGUUUUCGAACAGUUUUUAUUAAUAUUCGUAUCAUAUUUUAAAAUUAACAAAAUUAUUCAAUAUUACAAUUUUUUAUCGUAAAACGUAUGGACCAAAGAUACUGAUGUCUGAACUAUUGAUUUGAAUCGGUGUUAUGGCGAGAAAACAUGAGAAAUCACAAUUUCGACGGGACUAUACGGCGAAUUGUAAUUUAUAAGGGCGAGCACGGACCUUUUAGCCUAAUUUGGUUAAUUCCAAAGGUAAAAAUAUCACUAUAAUGAAGAUUAACGUUACGAUUGGAUGAGUUGUGUAAUUUUAAUAGAAUUUAAUAAACUUAUCAAUAAUACUAAAAUUAUACGAGAAGAAAUCGCGAACUAGUUUUUAAAGAACCAAGUUGUACAUAAUUGUAUCGUUAUUUAAUUUUUUCAAAUUAAUUUGCACUUUAUCGCGAUUGUAAUAAAGUUCUUUAGAUUGUUAAUUUGUAAUUCAUUAUGAAUUUAUUUUUCGUUUAAUAAUCUUUUUGCAAGAUUUAAUUUAAAACUCAGAUUCAAGUAAGGAAAUUAACAGUCAUCUGAAAUAGAAGUUUCGUCUUUUGAAGGCAGUAACUAUGUACCUAUGUUUAAUAUAAAGGCAAUAAGGAUUUUGAUGUUGUUAGCUUCUAAAUUAACUUGAUUAUUUUGGCACUAUUUUUAUCCAUGUAUUGUUUUAAAGUGAAUUAUUAGGUUUAUUAAUAAAUCAAUGUUAACUACACUUUGUGAAUAUGGGGCUGUUUUAGGUUAAAAUAUGUUUAAUUCAAUCUAUUAAUGUGACGAAAUGUGAACGCAGCUGUCAAACAGCCAUUUUUAUUAUCCGACCAAUCAGAAGCAGCCAAACAAAAUGGCGGAACGAUGGCUUCAUUCGCGUUUGGUCACUAUUUAUUUAUUUCUAUUCUGCAGGUUUCGUUGAUAUAUAUUUUUUGCAAUAUAAUUAUUUAUCACAUAGUUAUAUAUUUUUUAAAUAUAACGUGAAUAGAUAAGGGUCGAAAUUUUUUUGGUGAUACUAAAAUACAUAAUCUUGUAAAUAAAACAGAAAUAUAGAUUUUAUAAGUUAAAAA